AAAUCGCGGAAGGAAGCUAAGAAAACUAUGCAGAUGCUAAGAAGGUCUUAUCAAUUGGCAGUGGCACUGACCCUGCUUUAUGGCGUCACCUCGCUAUCCAGAGUUGUCCGCCAGAACUAUCGUCGAACGAACUCGACAUGGUACACCCCAGGACAGACCCACCAAAGGCCAUACGUCAAUCCCAUAAACCCAAGUCAACCAUGGUAUGCGCAGCCAAACCCUUUCAACAAUGCGGGUAGUGUUCACAAUCCAGGCCGUUACAAUCAGACAUGGAUACAGCAGCCCGGCCAUAAAAAUCACGCUUGGUCGACUAACAAUCAGACUUGGAGUCGAACGACGCCGCAGUCCCGAGGCGCGUUUAAUACCUGGAGCAACGCUAAUAAUGCAUCUGCACCAGGUAGACCCUUAGGCAACCAUAACUGGAAUAGUGGCGACCAAAGGGGUCCGACUACCCCUCGACCCGGCGGUGUCUUUAAUGGUUGGGCAGCGCGGAAUAACUUCUCAGCUCCUGCCAACAACGGAGGUAACAUCAAUAGCUGGAGUUCGCACAAUAAUUCCCCUGGUCCUACCUAUAAUGGCGGCAACUCCAAUAAUUGGGGAACGCGAAACAAUGUUUCCAUUCCGGCCAAUAACGGAGGUAAUUUUGGUGGCUGGGGCGCAAGGACUAACAGCUCAGGAUCCAACAACAACCCUUGGCUUAGCGGCGGUACCUCCCAGCACCAAAUAACUCCAAGGCCUAUGGCUAGCGGCAUUAAUGGACAAUCGGGCCCUCACAGCAAUGCCCCUGCUAGCUGGGGCGCAAGAAGUAACAGCUCAGGACCCAACCCUUGGCUUAGCACUGGCAAUAAUUCCCCAGGAAGUAACUUCGGUAAUAAUCCGUGGCUUAGUGCCGGCAGCUCACAGCACCAAACAACUCCAAAGCCCAUUGCCAGCGGCAUCAAUGGAGGAUCGGGCUCUCACAACAAUGCUCCUGCUGGCUGGAGUCCUGUGGACAACAACUGGCAACAACCCGGGCCAAAGCAGCAACAUGACGGCCAACCGAUCCAAGGCGUGCACAAUAGUCCACUAAGCCCUGGCAAUUCUGCACCGUUGGCUCCACUUGGAGGCGGCGGCUGGCAGAGCCCACAGCCUAGUGGCUCGAGCAGCGGCAGUGGCGUGCCUUUAGCCCCUCUUGGCCAAUACGGAGGCAACCAAGCGGGCCUCAGUUAUCCACAGGCCCAACCGGGCGCUCCAUCGAGGACUCCAAAUAGCUCCAAUCCAUAUGCUAACCUGUUUAACUAGAAACCUGAAAGACCUUAAGAUUGCAAUUACCAAAAAAUAAAAACAAUUGUAUUCAUUUUUUCAAAAA